AUGGCUCUGAUCGAGGAGGAGGUCCCCAUGCUCGAGACAGGAGAAGUAUUGGUACGAAUUACCCAUGCUGGGCUUUGUGGUUCGGACUUGCACUACUUUCGCCAUGGUGGGUUGGGGUCCUUCAAGACUGCGCUGCCCAUGUACAUGGGUCAUGAGCCAGCUGGCGUGAUUGCAGAUGCAAACAAUUGUGAUGGUUGGGCAGUUGGCGACCGCGUGGCAGUUGUGCCAAACUGCCCAUGUCUCAGCUCCAAGAUGUCCAUGCAAGGCAAACAGCACCUAUGUGAAAGAGGCACCUUCAUGGGUGCUGGCAAGACUCCGGGCUGCUUUGCAAAUUUUGUGUCUGUCAACACGCUUCAGCUGGUCCGAAUCCCUUCACAUGUCCCCCUCGAGCUAGCAAUGCUGGCGGAGCCGCUCUCGGUGGCUCUGCACUCGCUCAAGUUAACGCAGACGGCCAUUUUGGACACUUUUCAGGCCAUGUCCUUUGCCUUGGAUGGUGACGUCUGCAUUUUGGGUGCCGGGGCCAUCGGGCUAUGCCACCUGCUGCUGCUGAAGCAUGCCGGGGCCCGUCACGUUCACAUGGUUGAGCCGCUUGAGGAACGAAGGAGCUUUGCUCUCCGUCUCGGGGCUAGUAGUGCCAUGCCCAGCGAUGGCUGCGCCGCGCAUCUGAAGGCCAGCAUUGGCAAGGGAUGCGAGAUCGUCUUUGACUGCGCCGGCACAGAAGGGAGCUUCCACGCGGCCUUGCAGGUGGCAGCCAAUGCGGCACAGGUGGUUCUAGUUGGGAUCCCAGAGGUGGAUUUUCUACAGUACAACCCGCAUGUGGCACGUACCAAAGAGCUGACCAUUUUGAAUGCACGCCGGGCCAACCAAACCUUGGCCACUUGUCUUGAGCUGCUGUCAAGUUCGGUGCAGCUGCGGGAAAAAUGUCUGGCUAUGCUGACGCACCGGAAGGUUCAGUCGGCCUUUGAGAUGGCAUCCUCAUACGCAGAUGGUGUCAUCAAGAUUGCAUUGCUUCCGGAGAUUGAGAAGCGAUCUUUCACACGCAUUGGCCUUAUCGGCGGGACUGCUCACAGCGUGGCAUACCUCAGGCACUUGCAAGAAGCAGGUCUUGAGGUGAUGCUAGUUGCGGUGGAAUCAGCCGAAGUGUGGCCACAACGCGAUGAAAGCGAGAGACAGCUGUCCGCUCUCUGCCACGACAUCGAAGUGCCAUACUUCUUCUCCUUGGCAAAUAUCCCUCCUGGUUUGGAGGAGCUCCGUUUGGACAUGCUGAUUGAUGCGGGCUUUAACUUGCAAUUCGGAGACGCUAUCGUGGAUAUGUGCACUGUGGAUGUGGGGGCAACUGACUCUGCAUGGGAGGCAGUGGCUGCGAGCUUUGGAUGCACUUGGUGCGUUCUGAUGUUGGUGCAGAGGCAGAUCUUUCUAAAGGACAUGUCCAUGCUGGGCACAUGGCGCGCUUCGCAGAGGGCUGGCGCACAUCAACAGGGCUGCUAUGCCGAGUGCUUGGCAAUUCCGAACGAAGGCUGGGUGUCCUGGCACUGGCGCGGCAGCUUCAUCCAACGCUUCGCUCGCUCGCAGCAGCUCGAUCAGUUCCUUACAGCUCGGGAAAGACUGCAGCGCUUCGCAGCUGCACAGCUUGGAGAGGUUCUGCCGUUUGUUGCGUAUUGGUAG